UCAGAAGCUGAGCUUUAAGGAGCGGGUCAGGAUGGCGAGCCCCCGAGGUCAGAGCAUCAAGAACCGCCAGACAUCCUCCGGGAACGACCGGCGCUCUCCGGUGACCGACGGUGGAAYGGAGAGCACGAGUCCCGCCAAGGUCCAGAAGAGCUGGAGCUUCAACGACCGCACGCGCUUCAGACCCUCGCUGCGCCUCAAGAGCCAGUCCCGCUCCACCACCGACGCUGAGUCCAGCCUGGCCGUGGAGGACGGCUUCGAUGAGAAGGGCUGCCACUGCGACGUCUCUGUGGAGGACCUGUUGCCCUCGGUGAAGACCAUCAUCCGAGCCGUCAGGAUCAUGAAGUUCCACGUAGCCAAGAAGAAGUUUAAGGAGACGCUGCGUCCGUACGACGUGAAGGACGUGAUCGAGCAGUACUCCGCAGGCCACCUGGACAUGCUGUGUCGCAUCAAGAGCCUGCAGACCAGGCUGGACGGGAUGGUCGGCCCCCGAGCCCUGAGCAGCCGAGCGAAGACCUUUUCCUCUUCCUCCCUGCAUGUCUCUGACAGCCAGGGCAGAAAGAACUCCAGCCAGGGGGUGGACCAGAUCCUCGGGAAGGGUCAGAUCCCUCUGGAUAAGAAGAUCCGGGAGAAGCUGUUGUCUGAAGGGGAAAUCCUGGAGGACGUGAGCAUGUUGGGCCGGGUGUGUAAGGUGGAGCGGCAGGUUCAGUCCAUCGAGUCGAAGCUGGACUCUCUGCUGGACAUUUAUCGUCAGGUUUUACGUAAAGGCUCCUCGGCCGUCACGCAACAAUCCUCUCUGCCCCUGUUCGAGUUGGAACAGACGUCUGACUCUUCAGUUUUCAGUAAGGACCUGUCCRGUUCUGCUCAGGUGGGAAGGGGAGGAGGCGGAGCGCCCCCCUCAGGUGGUUUUGUGACGCGCUCCUCUCCCGGAGUCCACAUGUCCCAGGGAGGACUGCAUCUGAUCCUGGCUCCUCAGAACGAGCUCAACUUCAACGCCUCCCUGUCCACUCCCCGCUCUGGUCCCACCUCUGGCCCCGCCUCUUCCUGCUUCAGCCCUUCAUCUCUGCCCCCGCCUCAUCGUCAUCAGGCCACGCCCACUGAAAGCGGUGCCAACGACACGGUCCUCACGCCGAACGGCACCAGUGGUUCUGGGAGCCGGAGWGUCGGAGGAGAGUUCCCUCUUCUGGCCAGACUUCCUCCGCCCCCGUCCAACUGGACCGGACCGAAGCUGGUGCGAGGGACUCCUACGGAGACGUGUCCCGAGAUGGAGGACUUCUGCGGAGGUUUGGGGAGGCAGGUGGGGGACACGGGUCUCAGGGAGGACCUUGGACUGGAGCUGAGCAGUCUCAACGCCAAGGAGGACGGCUCCUGGAGGAGACACAUGAGCCUGGAGCUGGAGCCCCUGGUGCCCCCCGUCCUGAGCUGCUGCCCCCGACCCGUCCACGUGGACCGAGGACUGGGCAAGUCCAUGUCGGUGCAGGACCUGAUGCAGGUCUCGCCGGUCCACAACGCACACGAAAGCCACAGCCUGUCGUCUCCGAGCCCCAGCACCAGCAGCGACUCCCCCGUCGGCCUCCACAGCCGGGACCCUGGGGGGGACGGCAGCUGGGGGGUGGAGGACCUCUUUAUCAGCGACAGGGACAUGAAGGGACAGCGGUUCAACUUCCUGUCCCAYGGGACAGCUGAGGCCUUUUCUUCUGAGCUCCUGAGGACAGGAGGAAGAGGGGGGGCGGGGCCUCGAGGAUCCAAACGAAGCCUGGCCAGUGGUCCCUCCCCCUCCCCGUCCCCCGGCAGCACYGAACUCAUGAACAUGAAGCACGUUCGGUUAAAAUAAAACUGAGCAGGUCUGGAGACGUCCCUCCUGAGACGGUUUUUAUCUUUUUAAAGGUUGUUUUGUUUCUUUGAAGUUUCAGUGUUUUCAUCCAGGCUGGAAUCAGAACCAGUUUCAGGUUUGAGAAAAAAAAACACAAUUUAUCCUGAAAUAAAUAAACAGCAGUUUGUUUACUCCAGUGUAAAAAUACAGACAUAAAGUAUGUUCUAACAGCACAAACAUUUAUCUUUUAUCUGAUGUUGCACUAAAACUACGUUUCAUCUCUUUCCAUAACUUAUCGUUUGUUUUCAAAUCUCAGUUUAUCCUCAAAUAAAUCAAUUAUUUAACAUUAAUCUCUUUCAMCACAAACAAAACUAUUUCAAACUAACAGACUGUUUAUUAGAUCUGUUUAUGAAUUCAGAAAAUUUUAGCUUUAAUUUUUUUAUUAUUUUGUCUAACUUGAGGUACGAUAAAGUGGAGAUAAAUUGUUGCCAAAAAGUUUGUUCAAAUAAAAAUUAUUUUUAAAACUGAACAAAAAUGAUUUGAAACUGAUUUUUAAAAAGUUAAAAUGAACAUGUGUGGCAGGACAUUGUGUUCUAUAACUUAAUAGUAUGGCAGGUCAUUGCGUCCUAUAUUUUCAAAGUAUAGCAGGCUGUAUCAUAAUGAGCAUGUAGGGCAGUUUAUUGUGUCCUAUAAUUUCAACUUAUGGCAGGCUGUUGUAUCAUAAUGAGCAAGUAUAGCAGGUCAUUGCGUCCUAUAUUUUCAAAGUAUGGCAGACUGUUAUAUCACAUAAUGAACAAGGUAUGGCAGGUAGUUGUAUCCUAUAAUUUACAAGUA